UCAUCUCUUAAAUCACAACGCAGUCGUGCUUGUGCGAGAUUCAACAAGUUAUGCGCUGUAUAUAUGUAAACCGUUGUUAGGUUUUCAUGUAAUCAACAUGGCAGUUAAUUGCUUAAAGGCAAUAUUGCGAUCGUGUUGGACUAUUGUUAUUUUUCUGAAACUAUUCCAAGUUUCUGGUGCAAAUGGGCAACUUAGAUACCGGCGAGGGCUGUGUCCUACUCGCAACCUGGACAUUAAGAACGGCGAUUACAGCAUCAGGUCCGGUAACUCUGUGGUCGAAUACAGGUGCAACGACGGCUUCAUGCUCUAUGGGACGUCUAUCAUAAUCUGCUUCGGCACCCAAUGGAGCGAACAGCCCCCUAUGUGCAUAGCUCCGACUUGCCCUAAAAUCAGCCCAACGUCGGUGCUGCGAGUACACGAGGAAUACACUGGCGCAAUCGCGACAUUUUCGUGCGCUGUAGGACACAAAUUGGUUGGAGAUGAAAAGCUGAUCUGUACCGGAAUCAACUGGAACAAACUCACACCGAAAUGCAAACCAUGGACUCCGCCAACGUCAUGUGACUUUGAGACCGAGGACCUCUGUGGCUGGAUACAGCACGAUAAGGAUCACCAGGACUGGAUCAGGAAUACCGGAAGUACGCCAACCUCCCGCACAGGGCCAGUCCAUGACCAUACUCUCGGACCGGAUGGGGAAGGUCACUACAUGUUUUUCGAGACGUCCACGCCAACACGUGACGGUCACGAGGCCAUACUUGAGUCUCCCCUGUACGCGACAGACCUCAGCGACUCUUGCUUCUCGUUCUGGUAUCACAUUCUUGGUGAAAAGGACAUUGGGUGGUUGGAGGUGUAUGUGAAGCCGGAGGGCAACAAUGGUACCAGGGGCCUCAAGCCGGGAUUUACGGUGAAUGUGAACAUGGGAGAAGACUGGUUCAACCAUACAAUCCCUGUCCCUAAAAUGACUGAACCAUUCCAAAUCUGGAUCCUUGCGAGGCGAGGUGCCAGUUACCGGAGUGACUUCGCCAUUGACGACCUCUCUCUGCACUCUUGCCCAGGCGCGACAACUGCAAAAGCUGAAACUAAAGUAACAAAGAUUGUAGCCAGUACCGAACCUGAUACAACCAGCCAAACAACAAAACAAACAACCACCAACGCAACGACUGCACAGACAAAAGCAACAACGACAACACCAAAGCCUUCUACAACUACAAUACUCUCAACAACAACAACAACAACAUCAUUUACAACAGCAGCAACAACAAAAACUCCGAUAGCAACUGAAGUCCCCAAAGCAAGUACACACGUUCCGCAAACGACAUAUGAAAACAUAUCUACACUACAAAAUGCGGACAAAACAAACAGUGAGUCCAGUUCUUCUGACAAAGUCACUAUGCAGGGCAGAACCUAUGUUACCCACAUGCCAUCAGAGGAUCUUAAACGUGCAGAUGGGGUUGUCGCUAACAAAGGGAACAGCAGUGGAAUGGGUACUGUUGGGAUAGUGUUCAUAGUUCUUGGUUUAGUCGUUGUGGCCGUAGCUUCAGCCAUUGUGGUCAAGGUCUGGUAUAAGCGACGGGUCGACAAGCGCCUAGAUUACCGGGCCAGUCUCCAUUCCACAAAUCCGCUCUACGAUGAGAUCGAAAAUCAGGAAAAAGAACUUACUGACUAAAAGUUACGGUCACACAUAUGAGGUUUUAUUAUUUUUAUUGAUAUCAACUACUGACUAAAGGUAUUACACUACAUGUAUUUUUGAAAAAUGACGCUGUCAACAUGAUAUUUAGUUGUGUCAGUAAACGCGUUUAUGCAGUAUCAACAUGUUUUAGACAAAAACAUGUACACAUGUUUUGUUUAAAACGUGUGAGAAUAGAUAUUUCACAUAUUGGCAUUCCGAAGCAUAUUAAUUUAAUAACAUCAGUCUUUAGUAAACUCGUUGUACGAGUUCGGAAAUAUUGUCCGUAUUAAGUCAAUUAACAAUUCCUUUAUUCGUUUAUAUGAUAUGAAAUAAUUACUCUUUUCAGAUCCGAUAACUCUUAAAAUAUAUGUACAUUUGUUUGUUGUACUGUUGUAUAGAGUACUUAAGUAAUGCCAACAAGUUUAGCAAGUCUUACCGAAGUUUUUGAAUUAAUGUUUUAGCAAAAAACGAUUUCUCAAUAACCAUAAAAGAUAUCAAUGUGUACUAAAAAUACUAAAACGGAAACUUAUUUUACACUGAACAGAACCAAUCAAAAUGUAUUCCAAGAGUAACAUGUAAUGUUUUGUUAUUACAAAUAAAAAAAACCAAGUGUUCAUAUUUCUUAAUUUGAAAUUUAAGUUUUAUCAUUACUAAUCUAAUAAGCUAUACAACAUAUUUGUAUAUGUCAACGCCAUAGUUUGUAAAAAUGUAUCAUUUCGUAGGAUUGUUCAAUGGGUAAAUGUUUAUUUAACCAUUACGAAACCUAAAAGCACUAUUUUAUAAUACAUUUAUUGCGAAUUGUAAAACGUUUAAAUCCGAUUCAAGUAAUUUAGUGUCCUCUUUCAACUUAAAACUUAAGCCUUUAGUCGAUUUCUUUUCAAUUCAUAUAAGAUUUUUAAAAACAAUUUUACUGGUCAUGUUCAAACAUUUUAAACUUUUAAUGUGGCUACAUAUAGACAAACAUUUCUAGGAUUUGUACUAGGCUAUCAAUCGUGUGGCGGCUUCAUUCUCCAUUGCACAACGAUAGACAAUAUGUAGUUUUGGUUUCAUUUCAUCGUGCUCAUAAAUAUAAUGUUGUUGAACUCGGGUCUGUAUAUGACAAUAAAUUACACGUGGUUAAAUAGUAAUCACAUUGAACUGUUUGCUACUGUCUGUGCGUAUGUGUGUCUUGUCUAGUGCAGUUGAUCUGUGUCUUGCUAGUUACACGUGUUUCCUUGUCGAAUAUAAAUAAAUUGGCUAGUUUUUCCCACUGCCGGUGCAGCAUUUUCACUUUAUACGUAAAUAACAAACUUUGUGAAAUUUAUUAAUUCAAUCUUGUAUAAAGGCUUUUUGAUUAUAAAUUCAUGUUUAUGUGUUAUUUUUCAAUUUCAACAUUUUACAUUAAGCUGUGCAUUUUAAAACUCUCGGUGCGUCAUUCAUUUAUAUUUGUAUUUGUUCAACUUAAAUACAGUAAUUUAUUGCCAAGACACAAUUGAAAAGGAAUGCUGUUCGAUCUUAUUUGAUUAAUUCAUAUGUUGAGAGACACAACAAAUACUAAGAUCUCGUGUAUUGUGUAUUUCUUGUAUCAUCAUUUACCUGGCCAUGUUUUCUAGCAAUACGCUAUAUACAUUGUUUUAGCAAGUUGACUUAAACUGUGUGUGUGUUAAAUAAUGUGUUUUAAUAAAGUUUGCAUAAUAAACGAAAUUAAUCACUU